AUGAAGGUAAUGGACAUUAAUGAAGCCUUAACGAAAGUUUUGAAUGGAAAAUUUGCUCUAAUAAACUACGAAAAGUUUGUCUCAAUUAACAUCGCCUCCUACCACACUGAUGAUCGCGGCCGCACUCCCUUUCAGAUAAGCAAGAAAGGUAUUUCAAUAAUGGCAGCAUUCGGAUUUGGAUUCAGAAAAGGAGCACCCUUCUUCGACCGCUUCCAUGAACUGGUAACACGCCUGGAAGACACUGGCAUCAUCAAACACUGGACAGAAGCUGUAAUUGCACAGCGUAUUUUAGAUAACAGGAUGACAACAGAUCCAGUCCCAUAUGGCAGUAAAAGUUAUUAUUCUCAGGGACGGUUUGAUCAAGUGGUCCUCGGAGUAGACAAUCUGCAAGGUGGCUUCUACGUAGUGUUCUUCGGUAUUGGUUUGGGAAUCGUGGCUCUCAUACUUGAAAAAAUAUCUAGUGCUUAUAUGAAUUUUGGGGGUAAAAGAAAUUAA